AUGCAGUUGCAGUUGCAGCCUAACGGCAAAGCGCAAUUGCCCGACAAAAAGCUUGAAAUACUAUCAAGUGUAUAUAUGCGCCGAUCGAAUCUAGGCGUACUGCGUUCGUACCAAAUUUCUUGUGAUGGUGACAGGGAUGGCGACAUCCAGUGUUAG